AUGAAUUUGUUGAACCCUUUCUCCCGUACCCAAAUUGAACUUCCUUCAGAAAAAGAAUUUUGGGUUUUUCAUGGUUACGUAGAAUUAUGUAAAGGAGAGUUCUGGCACUAUAUGGACAAAGCUGUAUUAUCUGCCAAUCCUUUAGUUGCAUCAGAUUAUGUACUAGUGGUUUCUUAUUAUACAGACUGUGAUUAUCUUUUGGCUUUUUGGCGACCUGGUGAUCUUAACUGGACUAAAAUUGAUUUUGCAAAAGGUUGGGUUUAUUACAUUGCAGCAAUGAUUUACUAUAAUGAGAAAUUUUAUUGUGUGACAUGGUGUGGCCAAGUUUGGGUUUUUGACAUUGCCGGAGCUGCCAUUCCUCAACCAAUUGUUACACCACAAAUGCUUUUCCCCCUCAAGAAUGAUAUGUUCAGUCAAUAUUUAUGUCAGCAGUUCUACCUAGUUGAGGUAUCCAAUUCGCUAUUAUUUGUUGCUCGAGUUUCCCAUGGAAUUGGUGGUCAGACCUUUAAAAUUAAAGUGUAUGAGUUAGAUAUAAUCAAAGGUGAAUUGAAGGAGAUUAACAGCUUGGGAGAUUCGGCUAUAUUUUUGGGCCUUAGUGGAGCAAGUUCGAUUGAGUCCUCUAAGUUUACAGGAGUCAAGCGUAAUCACAUAUAUUUUACCGAUGAUUGGUGGGGGAUUAAGAAUAAGGAAGGUGGUAAUGGAAGAGAUAUGGGAGCUUACAAUCUUGAAGAUGGAAAAAUUGAAUCUUUUUAUCCUGGAUUAAAUACACGCCCUAGGUGCGAAGUGUUGGAGGAUGAAGCAGAUCCGAUCCAGGCUUCAAUUUCCAUCCAAAACCAGGCUACUCUUGAUGGUGCUUUUGCUUUCCAUACCGUCCUCCUAGCCCAUUUUGCAGCUGUUCCCCAACCUGUCUCUUUGCAGUAA